CGCUGUAUUUCACUAGCAGAAGUUUAAUUCGUGCCUCUUUCCUCGGCUAGUGUGGGAUUAUGGUAGCCUUGGUGUCAGGCAUCAGCCCAGUGGAUCCGAUCGCCAGCUCCUGCCUGCUGUGUUCCGCCUGCCGCUUCUUGCUUAUCAAACCAAAGCAAACGGAGUGUGGCCACCGCUACUGUACCGCCUGCCUGGAGAAUCUGUUCAGGACAGGAAAUGAAGCCGAUUGCUACAUUUGCCAAAAGAAGGUUCUUCGUUCCAAGGUUUACCUGGACAGGGCAGCGGAGAAUGAUGCGUACGUCACAAAGAUUUUCUGCACGGCUCACUUGGAGGGCUGUGACUGGGUCGGAUCGCUGCGUAGCUACCUGCGGAUACACCGGACCCAGUGUGGUUUCCAAGUCCUCCCCUGUGCCAAUGUGGCAUUUGGCUGCGAGGUUGUCGGCCCCAGGAGGGAGAUGUUGGUCCACGAGACGCAGGAGUGCGAGUGGCGGAUGGAGCGUUGCCCCCAUUGUGAGAUCUUCUGCAUCCACAAGCUUCUGGAGGACCAUGUGGCGAAGUGUGGAAAACAGGAGAGCUGCCCUCUCUGCGGCCAGGCCGACUUGACAAAGGCAGAGUUGGAACAACACUGCGACCCCCUCCAUGGCAACUGUCCCAAGGUGAAUGUGGCCUGUCCCUUUAAGGAGGUCGGCUGUCUGGAACAGUUUCAACGACAGGAUCUGAACGAGCACCUCCAAUGCGCCCAGCAGACUCACCUCCUGCAAGUCCUCUCCCUUGCCACCAGCCUGCAGCCUGGGAGAACCUGCGGUGGGGACGCGCCCCAGGAGCCCCCUGAGAAGGCCGGAAGGAGGCAGACGGGCGAGCCCGCCAGGAUCCCGGAAGGCAGCACAGAGCCAGAGCCGGGGGUUGCCGCGGAGCGAGGCCUGCAGGCCCUAGAAGGCCGGGCAGACGGCUUGGAGAGGUUGGUGCACAGCCUGAACGGGGAGCUGGACCGCUACGCCCAGGUGAUCGAGGCGCUGCAGCAGAAGUGCCUGCACCUCGAGCAGACUAUUUACACCCUGCAGAAGAAAACAGGGGUGCGCUCGGCGGAGCUGUCUGCGCAGGCAGGACUGGCCUCCCCCACCCCACCCCUCAGCACCAACGGUGUCCUGGUCUGGAAGAUCAAAGACUUCUCCGCCAAGAUGGCAGCGGCCAAGUCCGGCCAGCGUCCAUCCUUCUACUCACCGCACUUCAGCACCCACCCUUUCGGCUACCGCCUCUGCUGCCGGGUCUACCCCAACGGCGACGGCGCUGGCAAGGGCAGCCACCUCUCCCUCUUCCUGGCGCUGGUGCGGGGCGACUAUGACGAGGUCCUGCCCUGGCCCUUCCGGCAGAAGGUCACCCUCCUGCUGCUGGACCAGGCCGGCCAGCGGCACCUGAGGGAGUCCUUCUCGCCCGACCCGCUGAGCAGCUCCUUCCAGAAGCCCCGGAGUCACAUGAACGUAGCCAGCGGCUGCCCCACCUUCGCCCGGCACGAGCUCUUCCAGAAGGAGCCCGGCCAGUACCUCAGGAACGACACCAUCUACAUCAAGGUGGUGGUGGACCCCAUGGGUCUGCAGCUGUGAGACGGGGGGUGGGCGGGAGAUGGGGGGGUGUCCCCUGGUGUGAAAUCAUCUGCCUGAGUGGAAACAACCCAUGAUAUCUCACUCUCUGCUGUGACAGCAUGGAGGGAGCUUUACUCCGCGUUUACCCUCGACUGGGAGCAGGUAACAGGGUAGAGUGGAGGGGACUUCACACUGGGACAGUGCAGAGGGAGGAAUUCGAUGUAUCUAAUUCAUUCUGUCUCAAGCUUGUAUCAUGUAACCGGAUCGUGUAGAGGAAGCUUUGCACCGUAUCCAACAUGUUGUCCCUGCCCUGGGAGUGUGCACUGGGAUACAGUGGAGGGAGAUUUGCCCUGGUGCGACUCGCGUUACCCCUGAGCUGGAAGUCCAGUACUGUGCAGAAGUCUUAGGCAUGCCAGAGUUUUUUUUACGUGGUGUCAGGGGGUAUGGCCUCCACAGAGCCUCAAUCCCAACAUUGUCGAGGCUGUCUGGGAUUACCAGGAGAGCCAAAGUCUGCACAAGGACAUUGACGAGAUCUCCAGGACGCCUGGAACAACCUACCAGUUGACUUUCUCAUAAAACUGAUUGACAGUGUACCUGAGGAAACUGAUGCAGUUUUAAAGGCAAAGGGUGGUCACAUGAAAUAUUGAUUUGAUUUAGUUCCUUUUUACUGUUUAGUGCUUUUUGUAGUAAUAUUUUUUGAUAUUUAAAAACUGUUCAAUUCAUUAUUUUUGAGAGCUUCUACUCUUUACAGAUUUUUUUUGCACAUGCCUAAGACUGUUGCACAGUACUGUAAGAAUCAGGCUGGUGUAGAGGGAUCUCUGUCUCAGUCCUUUAGAUUCGUAAGGGGACAGUGUCAACUUUGCUUCGUGCUUCACCUGUACCGUCCCUAUUUAAGGAGUGUGUAAUGGGACAGUGCAGAGGGAGCUUUACUCUGUAUCUAACUUAUUUUUAAUAUGUCAGACGAUUUCUGAAAGCAGUGGCCAUAGUGAAUCUCUGUAGUAGUUUUAAAAAGAUUGGGGAGUAUGAACAGAGUUUUAAAAUCUGCCUGCCACUCAGAGUCAUACCUCAUUGUAACGGGAAGCAUAUUUUUAGUGAGAAAUUUAUCCGUGAGCACUGCAGAGGACGUACAGAACAAGGGAUGAGAUUCCACAGUAUCUGCUGUUGGUGUUGGAGUGUCAGAGAUGGGACUGUGUAGAGGGAGCUUUACAGUGCAGCUAACCCUCAUUGGCACUGUCUGGAAGGCUUUGAUGGGACUGUGUAGGAGGAAGUUUAAUCCAUAUCAAAUCCUUCCCAUCUCUGUCUUGGGAGCGGCAAAGGGAGAGCGAUUUGUACUCUGUUUCUAAUUCAUACUGUCCUUGAAUAUGUAUAUCACGACAGCAUAGAAAAUAUAUGCUCUGUAUCAUACGCCUGCCCCAGAACUGUGUGACAGGACGGUGCAGGUGAUGGGGACCUAAGCUAAGCUGAACAGUGGCAAGGUUGCCAAAUGUAAGAUCGGCAUUUAGUUCCUGUUCUCUGUAAAGGGUCUUACGCUCUCCCUGUGAUUGCGUGGGUUUCCUCCCACGUGCAAAUUCGUACAAUUCAGGGUGAGUGGGUUGCGGGCUUGCCAUGAUGGUGCCGGAAGCGUGGUGGUAAUUGUGGGCUGCCCGGCACAAUCCUCACAGAUCUGAUUUAUGGGCAGCAUGGCGGUUAACGUUAUGUUAUUAUAGCACUGGGAGCCCUGUAAGGAGCUUGUACGUUCUCUCCGUGACCGUGUGGAUUUCCUCAGGUUGGUCUAGUUUCCUCCCACAUUCCAUAUUUAACCGGUUGGUAGACUAAUUAGUUCUGUGGGUGAGAUUGGGCAACGUGAGCUUGUUUGGCCAGAAGUGCCUGUAUUGUGAUGUGUCUCUAAGCUAAAUUAUCCCUGUCAAGGAAGUACUGUAUUGGACCCAUGCUGUCCGUGCCCAGGGAGUAUUUGACAGGAGCGUAAACUGUGCUGUCUGGAUCAAGAAGGGGAGGUUAAUCUCCUUUUGCACCACCCACCACCCUCCCCUGCCCCAAAGGGGGAGUGAGACGGGGAAGAUUAAUGCUCAGUUUCUCCCCGUCUCCUUCUGGACUCUUGGGUAGCCUGAACUCCAGGGGAGGGCUGACUCUGGGACUCUGUUUACUGCACUUUAAUCCUAAGGUAUCAAGCUGUAUUUAUUUAUUUAUUGAUGUGACUAAUUUAUUGACUCUUGGAUUUCUUUGUAAUAUUACAAGUGCUGCGCUGAAUGUUAAUAAAAGUUCAUAAGCAUG